GUAUUCGCUUUUACAUUUAUUUUAGCAUGCGCGUCCCUCCUGGUUGCUCGGCAACUGUACAGACGCUUUUCCACCCUUCCGGAAGUGCGUGGCUCUGAGGAAAUAUGGCGCACAGAGCAGUGCAUAUACCAGUUGUAUGCAUUGUUUCAAUCUAUUCGUUUACUGCGUUUUAUUUGUCGAUUUUCGUCGCUUUUGCAGCAUUUGAAACAGCAAACGCCGACAAUGUGUUCAGUGCAAGCCACACGGCUACCGUACCUAUCGGUGCCGCAAGGGAUCUACGGUACCUUUUGUAUGACGUGAACCCCCCGGAGGGUUUCAAUCUGCGGAGAGAUGUCUAUAUCCGCAUGGCCUCCCUGGUGAAGACUUUGAGGAAGGAGGGGGACGACUGGGUAUUGGUGCUGCCCCCGUGGGGUCGUCUCUACCACUGGCAGAGCUCCAACGUCCACCAGAUUCGCAUCCCGUGGGGGGAGUUCUUCAGCCUCACUAGCCUGCAGGCCAACGUGCCCGUCGUUGAGUAUGAGGAAUUCAUCGCUGAAAAUGGAGGCCCAUUUAUAGACCAGGUUCUGGUGCUGCAAAACUACGCUGAGGGAUGGACUGAUGGGAAAUGGGAGGAAAAAGUUGAUGAGCGGCCGUGCAUUGACAAGUUGAUGUACUCCAAAGAUAAACAGGGUUACUACAGGGGCUGGUUUUGGGGCUACGAGGAGACGAGAGCUCGAAACGUAACGUGUAUAUCAGCCCAAGGCCAUGCCUCCAUCAUGGCCCCGGUUCUUCAGAAAAACAUCACAGUGACAUCAGUUAUGCUUGACCGAGCAGAGACACUUCUCCAUGAUCACUAUGCUGGAAAGGAUUACUGGGAAACCCGCCGCAGCAUGGUUUUCGCCAAACACCUGAGACUCAUAGGCGACGACUUCAGAGACAAGUACCUGAACUCUACAGAUGACAGAGACCAAACCAUUUACAGUGAGGAUUGGACUCGCAUGAAAGCCAAGCUAGGAUCAGCUAAAGGUGGUCCAUAUCUGGGGGUCCACCUGCGCAGGAAAGACUUCAUCUGGGGUCACAGGGAGGAUGUACCAAGCCUUAAGGGGGCAGUGAAAAGAAUGCGCAGCUUGAUGAAGAAGCAUAAACUCGACAGUGUGUUUGUUGCGACAGAUGCAGAUGAGGAAGAAUUACGGGAGCUGAAAGGGUUGUUGCCAGACAUGUUGCGGUUUGAGCCGUCCAGGGAGAACCUGGAGCUCUUUAAAGAUGGAGGGGUGGCCAUCAUUGACCAGUGGAUAUGUGCCCAUGCAAGAUUCUUCAUAGGAACAUCGGUGUCCACCUUCUCUUUUCGGAUCCAUGAAGAGAGGGAGAUCUUGGGUUUUGACCCCAAAGCUACAUACAAUCGUUUCUGUGGGGACACUGAGAAAGAAUGUGAACAGCCCACACACUGGAAAAUAGUUUUUUGAUGUGACCAAUCCCUUUCCUGACACACGCAAGUGCCGAAAGCAGUGUUAAAAGUGACAUAUAUUUGUAUGGAAUAUACAACAUAUUUGAACUGUUUUAUGGUGUAUUUUUUACUUAGUUGUGCAAUCAGGUCUGUAGUGACCACUGUGACUGAACCGUAUGCUCAAAAGGCCAAGACCCGGCUGCCCAACAUGUAUUACUGUAAUGUUCAACAAGUAAAUCUGCAAAUAGUUUUUUUUGGGUUGUAUGUUGGUUGUGGAUCUUUCAUGACAGCCUGGUAUUUUACAAAAUGUUUUAUAUUUAUUUCCAGCACCACUGGUGAGAAAAGUGUCUUUAUAAUGACGGCAGCAAAAACGUUAUAUGGCAGAAUUCUCAUUUCGUGAGAUUCAAAGAUGUUGAGCAGCUAAACUUUAAAAGUGCUAAAUUUGAAAUUCAGAGCACUGUAUAGCAGCAAACAACAAUUUAUUAUUGCAAAGAUAUAGUGGAGUAAUGGCGUUCUGAGAAGGGAAUGAGGUCAAUAUAUUCCGAGCUUCUCUGUGCUUUGUUUAUGUAGCCGGUUCAGACUCACGUGCAUGUUAGUGCAUGUGAACCAGUGUGCCCACCGAUCUGCACUGUGCUCAUACAGUGGUUACCACUGAUAACACCGCACACACCCCCAGGUUAACGCUGUUGUCUCUGUCAGCACUGUUUCUGUUGUUUGCACGGUUCUUGCUGUUAGCCCCGUUAGCUUCUAGCCGCUGGCUGAGUUGUCGCCAUGUUGAUGGAUGUGUGGAGGAAAUCCUUCAAUCAUAGAUUUGCUCCGAAUUUGAAAUUUAGCACUUUUAUUAUUUUUUAUAUAUACAACUUGGUUUUUCAAAGAUAGCACAACAUAAGUAUGAAGGAGCAUUCUGAGAUCAGGACCAUAGUAUGACGACAAUGCAUCUUUAAUUCAAGGUACCCUGUGGAGUUUUCGUGUAAAAAAGUAAAGUCGUUUCCUGUGUUUCUUACCACAAGUGUAAGUGUGUAACUGUUCGGUCUAAAUAACUCGUGAAUGCAUUUCCCUUCAAUAUUUUCAUUCAUGUUUGCUAGCAUUCUUCUUCUUCUCUGUCUUUUUAAAGCACAUUAUUUAGUUUCUCAGCAAGUUAUUGUCGCUGACUGUCGAUCAGUGGAUUAGCGUAAGUGUGUUGCGUCACCUCACUCUAGUGCACUUGCAUGUGUGCCCUUGCGCCUUUGCAUACAAACACUAAUCAAUCAGUGCCACUAGUGGUAAAAUAAACUCCACCGGGGACUUUUUAAGAUAGAGAACCAGACAGAAAGCAGCUAACAAUUUGUUAAAAAGAGGUCCCUUAUGCUUGUGCUUCCACCAAUCAGUGUUUGUGUGAAAUAACGCUCCCCUUAUUUCAUAUGUGUAUGCAGUGCCAGUGUUAACAAUAGCUUCAUGUCAUUACAUUACAAUACUGCUGAUGUGGGAAAAGUAUCACCAUGAAUAACAAUAUCAUGGUGACCUUUGAUGGUGCUCAAUUCUUUCAGCCUCUUCUCUUUUUAUGUGACCAUAAUAGUGUUAUUGCUAAUGACACUACCAUUGAAGGGAUUUGAGAUGCCACGGAGGAGCCACUGGGUCUGGUCAACACUAGCCAGCCAUGACGCUGUUCUGAUACAACACGCUCUUUUUAUUUUUCCAUUCCUGAGGAUGCCCGCAUUUUGAUUCAAAUCUGUCUGGAAAGGGGCAUCGUCUCAGGACUUGCUUUGUACAGUAGUUGUGUAGUUUUGAUGUUGAAUAAAAAGGUUUUCACAGAACAGUUUAUACUUGGCAACAAAUUUGUGAACAUGAAAACAAAGUUAGUUUGCUGUUCUAUAUUUUUAUAUCUCUUGAUCUUAACCUGAUUAAAUAAACAUCUGAAGUUUAGAAAUGACGUGCAUACGAGGUUAUAUCUAUAGUCAUGUUUGUACUUACUCAGAAUCCAUGUACCACCAAAGAGCAUCUUUUUAAAAAUAGGAGAAAAUCGAAUAUGAGAUAAUUUAAAUACAUUCUGACUAUGUCUAUCCAUCUCAUUGAAAUAUUCACAGAAAAGUACAAUUCCCAGUAAUGGGAGUGUUAUUGAUCAUGUGUAGGCUAUACUCACUAAACAAGUACAAAAUAAAAGUGCUGCUUAAGGCAGUUUAAAUAU